AUGGCUAGGGUUUCAAGAGCUGAGCGUAUAACAGAAAUGGUUCAAUCCAAGCCAAAAACAAAAACAACGUCCUGGAACCAGACGAAAAAGAGGAUGAGACGCAAGGUGGCCGAUGCAAACAGGAAAGGUGUUCCUACACAAUUCAGAGAUCUCCGAAACCCGGAAGAACAAGAGGGCCAAGUGGUAGAUUUAGAUAGCCUAGAUGAACCUCCUGCAAGUUUCUAUCAGCAAUAUUACCCAUGGCUCAUGGGAAACGGAAAGUAUCCAACCAUGGCAGACGGGUAUAGGCUGCUAGACUUUUAUUUCUGGGGAAUUGAUCACCACUUCCCGGGUAACAACCCGAGCAGGGCAAAAUGUUUUGUCAAACUGUUUUACAACAUGGACCCAAAAUAUCGUCCGACUACCAAGUAUGAGUUCGAAGACGUCAACCGCCGUGACGCCGGGCCACGGCUUUUGAAACGCGGGGUUUUGGAGAGGUUGGGCGUAGCACCGAUUAGCCGGCACUAUCCCGAAAUCCCCGAGCCAGGGGAUGCUUGGGAACAACAGCUGUUGGCACCGGUCAAACCAUCGCUUGCCGAAGAGAGAGAAAUCCCGAAAAGUGACCAGGAGGUAGAAGUUCAGGCACCUAGAGAUAUCCCCAAGAAUCUCAACCAGAUCCGCCAGACACUGGAAAAACUCCUGAUCCAGAUCCGUUAUAGGGACUUGGAAGUUCCUGAAGACAUAGGGAAACAUCAGCCACAGGCAGCAACUGUGAUGCUCUCGUCCACAUCUGACCAUGAAUUUACACCUAGUGACCAAGGAACCAGUUAUCUCUGUUGGGGCCGUGGUCCGGUUGCAGAUGAACAAGACGGCUGGCGGGAGACUGCUUGUGACUGUAUCAUGAUGGCCGCCAAAUUUCUUGACGCAGGAAUCACCACAAUCGAUAUUAACGAGAUAAAGUCUGAUAAAACCCUUGAAACAAGCACUCAUGAUAUCCUUACCAAUGCAGUCAGGACGAACUGGGGCUCCCCUGGUGAUUCCACAAAUAUCGCAGCCCAACGAGAGAAUUUUCACCGGAACUUUCUACAGAAUGGGCCGCAGAAUUCUCAAGAUUUGAUCGAAUUCAGCACGUUGUUACGCAAGCAGUUCUUGCUUACUCGAGAGAAAGCAGAGUUCUGUGAGGAUAAACAUAAAAAUGUCAUUGACCAACCGACUUAUCACCGAUACAUGAGCUUGCCAAAGCGGCCUGACGCCGUCGAUAUAGGAGAUCUUUUGCAAGACGCUUUUGGCCCAGUUCCUUCUGAGGAUCCUCCCUUAGUGGAAUCAAUCCAAAGGUUUACUCAGGACUCCUCUGUCCAGCAAAAUACAAACGAGCUACUGCCCAGGUGCUCAGUCCAAGGCUGUCGGAAACAUGUCCGCACUCGUCGGGUUUGCUAUACUAUGCCGUUGCGACUGGCUAUCUAUCCUACACAGGAUGUGGUGCCUAAAAAUCACACUAGCGAUAAUAUUCAGUUCACUAUCACCAACAACAAGGGGAAGAACCAGACCGUUAAUUAUCGGUGGCUGGGAGGUAUUUACUCGGAUAGUAGAGCCGACCAUCGCGUGUACUGGACUGAUGCCGUCCGAGGGGGGAAGAAAGCAAGCAGCAUUCGAAUGUACGAUCCCUUUUUGCGAGGCUACUGUAUUGGGGGUAUCAAGCCCGCGUGGAAUGGCUCAUUGAUCCCUCAGAAAUGGCAGCCAUCGGUGAUCUUUUAUGAGGCCAUCCUCAACCCAGAUUCCCUAGACCUCGCACUAGCAACCGCGGUACUUGGGGAUAUCGGUCAUGCUGUACGCACCGACAAGCCCAUUUUGCAGGUCCAUAAGCCUUGGAGCAGCAGCACGAAAAACGGUGAUCCUAGGCAGGGCCCAGAAGGCCAGGUUUCUAAAGGCGGGCAUCUCGACACGGAAUUCGUCACGCCCGCAUUGGUAACCAAUGGAUAUACAACAAACGCUGCUAACAUGCCAAAUUCCGGUGGAUUCAACACAAUUCCCGACGUGGUCUUUGAGAACCCUCAGGACAAUUUGGAAAAUCUUAUGGGUCCCCCCAGACCCAUAGAUACGAACUUGAGAAGUGCAAAGGCUCCUUCUGGUGGACAAUACUCUUUUUCAGGAGCUAGCAACGCAAAUGGGAUAGGCCAUAACGCCAUGUAUUCAUCGUCCGGGGUGACAGGUGCACCCAUUAGCAAUGGCGCAGGUCAACCUAGCAAUGGCCAAUUUCAGGUGCAGAGCGCGGGGAUGAACCGGACCCAGCCUAGUAACCAGGCCACUCCAUAUCAAUAUGUGCAGCCAAAUAAUUAUGACUAUGCUGUGCCGCAACUCUCUGACGAGGGCCUUCUCACGGCUGUCAACCAGCUUCUAGAGAACCCUACAGAAUAUGACCCAACACUGGACGACUUUAAUAUAUACAAUUAUAACUUCUGGCAGGGCUAUGGCAUGCCAGAUGUGAGUUCAAACUCCGAACACGAGACCGGCAAGUCGUCUCCACGAAAGAGGCGGGGAGGCACAGAAGAUCGAAGGGGCAACAAGCGGAGGAGGCGUGGUUAA